AUGUGUGUGAAUUUAGUGGAGGUGAAGCCGUACGUGCUGGACGACCAGAUGUGCGACGAGUGCCAGGGCGCGCGCUGCGGCGGGAAGUUCGCCCCGUUCUUGCGCCAACGUCACCUGCCUGCAGUAUUACUGCGAGUACUGCUGGGCCAGCAUCCACUCACGGGCCGGCCGCGAGUUCCACAAGCCGCUGUGAAGGAGGGCGGGGACCGGCCGCGACACGUGUCCUUCCGCUGGGGAGCUGAGACGGACGGACGGAGGGAUGAUGGAGGGGUCGUAACCCUAAACCCCCCCGUGAACCCAAAACUACGCAGAGACAAGGAGAAGGCCUACAGGAGCGGCGGCCGAGCCCUGUUCAGGCAGGCCAAAAACACACUGACAAGAGAAAUCAGGAAGGCGAAGCGAUCCUACGGCGAACGGCUGCAGAAUCGCCUCUCUGCCAACCCUGACCCCUCGUCUGUGUGGAGAGGCCUGCAGAACAUCACUGGGUUCAAAAGACCAGCUCCACGCCCUGCAGGCAACCGCAAACUCGCCAACCAGCUUAACAGCUUUUACUGCCGGCAGAAGAUCAGGAAGGCUCCAGGCCCGGACGGCGUGUCCCCUUCCUGCCUGAGAGCCUGCGCCGAGCAGCUGGCUCCCACCUUCACACGGAUCUUUAACCGGUCCCUGGAGCUGUGUGCAGGUCGACUUGAGCUGUGUUCAAGUCUUCUGGAGGGAGGGCUCACCCCCAGUCUAGGUCUGCUACAGGUGGUGAAGCAGUACAUCAAAAUCCCAGUUUAUGUGAUGAUAAGGCCUCGUGGGGGCGACUUCCUUUACUCAGACCGGGAAGUGGAGGUGAUGAGGAAGGACAUAGAGUUGAUGAAGAGCAAAGGAGCCGAUGGACUGGUGCUGGGAGCCCUGACAGAGGACGGACGAGUAGAUGGAGAGCUUUGCAUGGAGCUAUUGGCUGCUGCUCGACCUUUGCCUGUCACCUUCCACCGAGCUUUUGACAUGGUUCACGACCCAGCAGUCGCUCUGGAGGCUCUGAUAUCGUUAGGGUUUGAGCGUGUGUUGACAAGUGGCUGCGAUUGCUCUGCUUUGGAGGGACUGCCUCUCAUUAAACGACUCGUUGAUCAGGCUAAAGGAAGAAUUAUUGUAAUGCCAGGAGCGGGUAUCACAGAAAGAAACUUGCAGAGAAUACUUGAAGGGUCGGGAGCUGAGGAGUUUCUCUGUUCAGCCCGCUCCAGCAGGGACUCCACAAUGAAGUUUAGGAACACUUGCGUGACGAUGGGAGCGACUUUAUCAGCUCCUGAGUACGGCCUGAAGGUGUCAGAUGUGAGCAAAGUCCGGGCUCUGAACGCAAUCGCGAAAAAUACCUUGUGAUUGCUUUCUACACAGACUGCAGAAGAAUAUCUCAGAAUGUGGGGGGGAAUAACACCCCUGAUGUUUGGUUAUUUAUUUUCAUAAAUGCAUUUCCAAACUGCUACAAGUGUGUUUUUAGAUUUCCUUUUUGAAGGAAAGGUCACCAAUCGGUCCCUGUAUCAUUGGAGUUGCAGCAGAGUGCUGCAGCCUUCAUUUGAAGAAUCUCACAAAGCAAGAGCUGUGAAUGAUUAACAAUUAUUUUUGUAAACAUUUGACCCCAGGGUGCAAAACAUGCCAAAAACUGAACAAUAAAACCGGGAGAAGGCCAAAAUGGUUAUCAGUGUAACAGAAAGCAUUAAUAACAAAAAGCUGCAUUUUUACUAAAUAUUUUCUGAGAUGUUUCUGGUCUGUUUUCUGUGUUUUGUCCAGUCUUGUGUUUUAUACCUGAAGGCUGAAUGCCAAAAGGAAAUCUAUGAGACUGCUAUUUUAAUAACUGUUCAUACAAAUGUUUCAGUGUGUGCUUAUUAAAACAUUUGUGAACAAAACCAAUAUAUGUUUGAGCUCAGCUUCUUGUUUUUGAAGAUCAUAAUUUAGUUUUCAGUCAAUGAUAAAGAGACAUAUACAGUUUUUGAGUGUAUGCAGACCCUUAGCCAAAUAUGCAGAUGAGCAAAUUUGCAAAAAUCUCAUGGACAGCUGUCUAGUUGGCUUAAUCACAAAUCAGACCGUACUGUAGGAGCACAUGACUAGCAUAAAGCUUCAGAACUCAGGAGUGGUGAUGUGCAAUACAAACAAGGGGAUGAUUUAAAAAAAAAAAAUCAAAACUGGAGUUAAGUGUUUUCUGUUUUAGACCUGCAUUUUUCCUUUCUUUUUAUUUUUUUAGUCAAAUGCAAAGUGUUUGAUCGAUUCUAUGUUUAUCCCUGUAAUGAAAGAGGCAUUGUGACUUUACUCACUGUGUUCAAAAUUUAAUAAAG